UCAUACCCAUUCAUCAGGAAAAGCCGAGUUUUCUGGAUCUGAAACAGUCGUCUUUUUCUUCCAGCUUCAAUCCUAACUCUAAUCAAUACUCAAAUACUAGGUCCAAGGAGAACUCUUACAAUGAGACUGACCUCCAACAACCUGGACCCGGCCUCCAACAACCUGGACCCAGCCUCCAACAACCUGGUCCUGGCCUCGAACAACCUGGACCCGGCCUCCAAGAUCCAAUCUGGUCGGAGGUGUUGGAGGAAGGACAGAGGAAUAAUAGUAAACGAGCUGCCUCAGAUCUUUACAAUAUGAUCAAGUGCGGGACAGGUUGCAAUCCUCUAGUGUUUAAGGGUUACGGUUGUUACUGUGGGUUCCUUGGAUCUGGAGGUGUUGUGGAUGGAAUAGACAGGUGUUGUAAGAUGCAUGAUUGGUGCUAUACAACAACCACAUGCGUCAACUUAGAAUACAAUCUGCCCUAUUUUGUACCGUACAAGUGGACUUGCAAUGGUGGUGCACCAUACUGCAUGGCCGGGCAUACAAAGAGUACAAAUACUGCUAGUUGUGGUCAUCAGCUCUGUGAAUGUGACCGUGAAUUUGUGGAGUGUCUAUCAGAGUUCAAAUGUCCACAUAAAAAGGCUAUGUGUAAAUCACCCUGGAGGUAUUUUCAAAAUCUUUUUAUGGGCCUAGGAACAGGAAUGCCAAUGGAUGACUCGUACAACAAUAUCCACGGACCCCGGCACCAUCUGAAACCUAGAAACCCGGUGGAGUAUCCGAAACCUAAGUUCCACAGAAACAGAGUUAAUAUAGAGGUUGGGAGAGUUUAGAAGAGUUAUAUUUGAAGAGGUUUUUAGCCAAUGUGCCAUAGAGAACAGUGGCGUCUAUAUAUGUAAACUGACCAACGAAGAUGUGAAUCCAACAAUUAUUUAUUUGUGUAUUUAUUUAUUCAUUAAUUUAUUUAUCUAUUUAUUUAUUAUUUAUCUAGAAUGUAAGGCAUAAUUUGUCAAUAAAGAGGAUAAUUUUUUAA